AUGUCGUGCUACGUACAGCAGUGCCUCCCUCCAGUCUACCAGGAGCCCAUUCCCAUCAAAUGCCCGCCGAUGUACGCUGCCAGACACCCAUCCGUGCCUACCUGGCACUCAACACUGUGCAUCCCACAGUACGUGACACCCUGCAUCCCCCGGCAGCGGAUCAUGUCCUCCAGCUUCUCCCAACAGCAGUGUGUGACCAAGUGUGUGCCGCGGCAGCAGUACGCAACCACGUGUGUGCCGCAGCAGCAGUGUGUGACCCAGCAAAUCCUACAGCAGCCAUGUGUAACUCGGUGUGUGACAACUUGCAUGCCGCAGCAGCAGUGUGCGACCAAGGGUGUGUCGCAGCAGCCUUGUGUGACCAAGUGUGUGCCGCAGCAGCAGUGUGCGACCAAGUGCGUGACCGCCUGUGCCCCCCAGCAGCAGUGUGCGACCAAGUGCAUCCCGCAGCAGCAGUGUGUGACCAGGUGCGUGACCACGUGUAUGCCACAGCAGCCAUACCUGACCAAGGGCAUCCCACAGCAGCAGUGUGUGACCAAGUGCGUCCCGCAGCAGUGUGUGACCACGUACACCCCGCAGCAGCAGUGUGAGACCAGGUGCGUCACCACGUGUGUCCCGCAGCAGCGUGCGACCAAGUGUGUCUCGUACCAGUUUGUGACCUCUUGUGCCCCGCAGCAGUGUGCCACCACGUACGUCCCACAGCAAUGUGCGACCAGGUGUGUGACCAAGUGUGUCCCGCAGCAGUGUGCCACCAAUUGCGCUACCAUUUGUAUCCCACAGCAGUGUGAGACAACUUGUGUCCCACAGCAGCAGUGUGUGACCAAGUGUGUCCCACAGCAGCAGUGUGUGACCAAAUGUGUCCCACAGCAGCAGUGUGCCACCAAGUGUGUCCCACAGCAGUGUGAGACAACUUGUGUCCCACAGCAGCAGUGUGCCACCAAGUGUGUCCCACAGCAGUGUGCCACCAAGUGUGUCCCACAGCAGCAGUGUGCCACCAAGUGUGUCCCACAGCAGUGUGCGACCAAAUGUGUCCCACAGCAGCAGUGUGUGACCAAGUGUGUCCGACAACAAUGUGAGACAACUUGUGUCCCACAGCAGCAGUGUGUGACCAAGUGUGUCACACAGCCGUGUGCCACCAAGUGUGUCCCACAGCAGCAGUGUGCCACCAAGUGUGUCCCACAGCAGUGUGCCACCAAGUGUGUCCCACAGCAGCAGUGUGCCACCAAGUGUGUCCCACAGCAGUGUGCCACCAAGUGCGUCCCGCAGCAGCAGUGUGUGACCAAAUGUGUCCCGCAGCAAUGUCAGUCGGGUGGAGUGAAAAUUUCAAGCCACUCGAAAAAGUACUGCUCUGCAUCCAAAUGGCCCUGGUAA